AUGCAGAGCUACACUGACAGCUUCGCCGACCUUGCCGAGAUGAGCAGCGCUUUGUUGGACCUUGUACCAGUUGUACUUGGAAGCACCACGGCCUCUAGAUACGAGCGCCGCUCAGAGUCAUCAUCGUCCUCGCGCACUUUGUUGAUAGCUCUUCCCACCGUCCUUGGGAUCCUCCUCAUGUGUCUCCUCGCCGCCAUCUGGUACCGCCGUCGCCGACUACUGUCCCAAGCCGACGCGGAUGACAAUGAGAAGUCCAUCACGCCCUACACUGAGAGUUCCCCUCCCUCGGGUGCACCCACGCGCAACUCAACCAUACGCCGCGCAGCCACGGUGAGUUGUGCGAGCGCUACGGGAGAGACCAAAGAGUGCGACGCGGCGAGCGUAGAGUUGGGCUAUCAGUCGCGGCGUGAUAUUCUCCACCUCCUGCGAUGGGCAGAUGGCAACAAUUCAAACGGGCGUCUGAGCAGGGUCAGCAAACAAGGUCCGCCACUACAUCCACCGCCUUCGAAGCCUUUGCCUGCAGUCCCUCCGUCACUGUACGGGGACGAUACAAAGUCGCCCAUCUCUCCGAUAUCACCAUCGUCCCUGCUCUCGUCACCCCUUGCGCGCACCCCGACGGCAACGAAGACGAAAGUCGAGAAGAAGCGCUCGUGGCGGCAAUCUAUCCUCAGGCGCUCAUCUUCUUUUGGGACCUUGCGCCGAUCCCGCCGCGAGCAGACGCCCCCACCUGAGCUGCCCACGUAUGAUCCGACAAGAUCGUACCGAGAUAUACCGCCACUGCUCCUUUCGCCUACGUAUACCGUGCAUUCGCCGGACUCUCCAUGGAGCUUGUCGUCGUUCCUGUCCGCCGUAUCACCGAGGUCACCGAUACGCCCGUUACCACCCUUGCCGAGCGUUGCACCGCGACCUGCGGCCCCCGAGACGCCAUCUUUAUCACCGAGCAGAUCGAGGGAAGGACUGCUAGACCCGCAGAGCGAGCUUCAUAUGGACAAUACUACCCUCGCGAGCACAGUGGCUUCUGCGACGGAAUCUGAGCGACAUAGGAUCGACGUUGUUCGGGCGAUUGAUGAUGCGGCUGCGGUUCAGCCGCCACCUUACGCAUGGCCUGGUGGAAGGCAUCGCAGCGUGGACUGGGAUGCCCACGGAGGGGCAGGGAGCAAGUUCUCUGAUUAG